AAAGGGCGGGACCGCCCCCCUGAGGCUGAGGUGGGAGGGCGGCCAAGAUGGCGGCCUCCAGAGCGGCUGCUUCCUGCCGGGCCUGGGCUGCUCGGCCCGGACGGCUGUUUUGGCGAGGCCUGUGCAGCCAGGAGCCCGAUCGAGAGACCCACUUCGGCUUCCAGACCGUGUCCGAGUCGGAGAAAGGAGAGAAAGUGUACCAGGUUUUUGAGAAUGUGGCCAAGAAGUACGACCUCAUGAAUGACUCCAUGAGUCUGGGGGUCCAUCGGGUUUGGAAGGACAUCCUGCUGCGACACAUGAACCCGUAUCCCGGGACACAGUUACUUGACGUUGCCGGCGGGACAGGUGACAUCGCCUUUCGCUUUCUCAACUCGGUCCGUUCCCAUCGGGAACAUCAGGUCCGGCAGAAGCUGAGAUCCCACCAGAAUCUGUCGUGGCAGGAGAUUACCAAGCUUUACCAAGAAGAGGAGCAGCAGUCGCUGGGCGGAUCCCAUGUGGUGGUCUGCGACAUCAACACAGAAAUGCUCAAGGUUGGGAAGCAGAAAGCGCAGCACCUUGGCUACUCAGAAGGACUGUCCUGGGUGGUUGGAAAUGCCGAGGAGCUGCCCUUCAAUGACAACAACUUCGACAUUUACACAAUUGCCUUUGGUAUCCGGAACGUCACUCACAUUGACCAGGCCCUUCAGGAGGCUUAUCGAGUGCUGAAACCUGGAGGGCGGUUUCUUUGUCUGGAAUUCAGUCACGUCAACAACUCCAUCAUUUCAAGUUUGUACGAUCUGUAUAGCUUUCAGGUGAUUCCUGUGCUGGGUGAGGUUAUUGCUGGCGACUGGAAGGCCUACCAGUAUCUGGUUGAGAGCAUCAGGCGCUUUCCUGCCCAGGAAGAAUUCAAGGAGAUGAUUGAAGAUGCAGGCUUCCUGAAGGUGCACUAUCAAAACCUGAGCUCAGGCAUCGUGGCCAUUCAUUCGGGUUUCAAGCUGUGAUGUUUUCCGGUAUUAUAAAUUCACCCAGUUGGGCCUUCCAGCACACACACUGCCAAUGAGAAUUCAUCCCUUGGAAGAAUCAUGAGACAUUGCAAGUCUUGGAAGGGGGCAAGUGUUCAAGUGUCUCUUUGUUGUGCUGGAUAACAACACCCCAAGGCCUCUACCGCUUGAAACUAGGACUUGAGAAAAAAAUCACUUUUAUAUCCCAUUAGGGUUUUUUAAAGAAUGUUUUCAUUCUAAGGUUCCAAGAAUUCUUUUUCUACCGCUGAAUGUAGUAGUGGGUGCCAAAGAUGGAAGACAAACUGGUCCAUAAAAGCCUGUAUUUCUAAGUAGCCUUGAUCUAUUCUAUCCCAUAUAGGAAUGUGAGUGAUAUUUUGUUAUAUUUAUUAAAAGCAAAUAUUUAGGUUUUCA